CAGGCAACAAAACGUUAAUAAAGUGAGCGCAGGUAGCCCUUUGCCCGUUGCACGCGGCGUAUGCGUAAUAAGCGAACGGCGUAUGCAGCAGCGAGGCCACGCCGUUGUCCAUUAAAGCGGCGGAAAUGACACAGACGAAAUGUAUCGCUGCAAAAAUUGGUUCUGUGCGCGCAGCAACAACAACAACUACGUCGACGUCGCACUAAACGAGCCGGGACAGAGCUCAACGCCAACGACACUACCACCACAGCCACAGGCACAGGCCCAGGCACAGGCACAGCCAGCCAAAAGCUGCAGCAACAGUAAUAGCAUCAAUAGGGCACGCAAUAAAUCCAAUAGCAAUCAACAGCCAAACGCAGCCGGUGCGAACCACAGAUCCACGCCCACCGAUGAUCCACCGCAGUCUGCCGGAGCAGCCGGAGCAGCCCAUGUGGUCACGUUCCUGGAGGAUGCACCGGGCAGCAGCAGCAACGGCGGCGUAACCAGCAGCCGCAUUGUGACCACCGCUGAGCUCCAUCAGGCACACAUGCUGGAGCACCACUCCAAUCUGGAUGCCAUUGAGCAGGCCGACGACUUCAUCUACGGCCCGGGCGCUGGACUCUCGCUGUGCGACGACAGCCUGCCCUCUGCCAAGAACUGCUAUAGACUUGUCAUGCUUGGGUCGUCACGCGCUGGCAAGUCCUCGAUUGUGGCACGUUUUCUGGGCAAUCGCUUUGAGGAGGCCUAUACGCCGACUAUUGAGGAGUUUCAUCGUAAAUUGUAUCGCAUACGAAAUGAGGUCUUUCAGUUGGAUAUUUUGGAUACUUCAGGCCAUCAUCCGUUUCCCGCAAUGCGUCGUUUGUCAUUUCUAACGGGCGAUCUAUUUAUAUUGGUAUUUAGCAUGGAUUCGCGCGAGUCCUUUGAGGAGGUGGUGCGCCUGCGAGAGAACAUACUCGAGACCAAGUGGGCGGCUCUGAAUCCAGGCUCGGGCUUCAAGAAGAAGAGCCUCCCCAAAAUACCCAUGAUACUGGCUGGCAACAAAUGCGAUCGUGAAUUCAAAACCGUGCAGCUGGACGAGGUAAUGGGCUAUAUAGCUGGCCAGGACAACUGCUGCACUUUCGUGGAGUGCUCGGCACGGCAGAACUAUCGCAUCGAUGAUCUGUUCCAUGCCCUAUUUACGGUUUCCAAUCUGCCCCUGGAGAUGACGCCCAACCAGCACAGACGCCUCGUGUCCGUGUUUGGCGCGCCCUCGCCACUGCCUCCGCAUGGCUCGGCCGUGGGCGGCACAAAGAAGAAUGCUCUAUCCAUCAAGCGGCGUUUCAGUGAUGCCUGCGGCGUAGUCACGCCCAAUGCACGGAGGCCCAGCAUACGCACCGACCUCAAUCUGAUGCGCUCCAAGACGAUGGCUCUCAACGAGGGCGGCGAGGGUGGCGUGCGCAACACAUCCCGCUGGAACCGCUGCGCCCUCAUGUGA